UUUUUUGAACCAUUUGUAGUCACAUUUAACGUUGUACAGCGUUUUUGUGAGACAGGUUACAGCAGCUGUACAGUAAUUCCUGCACCAUGCAGGAAUUUAAAUCACGUCAACCAUGGUAAAUCUCAUUUAUCCCACUAUACCUCCCACCAUCACCUGGUCUCCUAAAACAUUCGGUUUAUGGCUCCUGAUACAACCCCAAUUCCAAAAAAGUUGGGAUGCCGUGUAAAAUGUAAAUAAAAACAGAAUGCAGUGAUUUGCAAAUCUCAUAAACCCAUAUUUUAUUCACAGUAGAUCAUAGAAAACAUAUCAAAUGUUUAAACUGAGGUAAUGUACCAUUUUAAUGUAAAAAUAAGGUAAUUUUGAAUUUGAUGGCUGCAACACGUCUCAAAAAAGUUGGAACAGGGCAACAAAAGGCUGGAAAAGUAAGUGUUAGUAAAAAGAAACAGCUGGAGGAAUAUUUUAACUAUUUAGGUUAAAAGGUUUGUAACGUGAUUGGGUAUAAAAAGAGUAUCUUAGAGAGGCAGAGUCUUUCAGAAGUAAAGAUGGGAUGGAAUCCGGAUGGACACAUACAGUGUGUUGCUCUAAAACCUGUAUAUACCUUUCAGCAUUGAUGAUGCAUUUCCAGAUGUGCAAGCUGCCCAUUCCAUAAGCACUAAUGCACCCCAUACCAUCAGAGAUGCAGGCUUUUGAACUGAGCACGGAUAAAAAGCCGGAUGGCCCCUCUCCUUUUUAGUCCUCUUUAGUUUAGAGUAUGCAGUGUCCAUGGUUUCCAAAAAAGAAUUUCAAAUUUCAGUUCGUCUGACCACAGAACAGUUUUCCACUUUGCCUCAGUCCAUUUUAAAUGAGCUUUGGCCCAGAGAAGACUGCAGCGUUUCUGGAUCAUGUUCACAUAUGGCUUCUUCUUUGCAUGAUAGAGCUUUAACCAGCAUUUGUGGAGUCAUGGCGAAGUGUGUUCACAGACAAUGAGUUCUGGAGGUGUUUCUGAGCCCAUGCAGUGAUUUCCAUUACAGAAUCAUGCCUGUUUUUAAUGCAUUGCCGCCUGAGGGCCUGAAGAUCACGGGCAUGCAAUAUUGAUUUUCACCCUUCUCCCUUGCGCACAGAGAUUUCUCUAGGUUCUUGGAAUCUUUUGAUGAUUUUAUGAACUGUAGAUGAUGAGAUAUUCUUCGCAAUUUUACGUUUAGGAACAUUAGUCUGAAACUGUUCCACAAAUUGUAGACGCAGUCCCCCCAUCAUUUGCUUUAUUUAAAUUGGUAGUACUGUUUAACAUAAUGAUUGAACAUAACUUCAUAUAUGCCCAUUCUCUCCUCCCUCAGGAAACGCAGCAGCGGAGAACUGAGUGACUCGCUCUCCCCCGACCCCAACUGCCUUCUGGGUAAGAGGAUCCAGCACAGCUGGAGGGAGAAGGGCGCGCUCACUAAGUGGAAAGGCACCGUGCUGGACCGGCUCAGCGUCAACCCAUCGCUCUUCAUGGUCAAAUACGAUGGCUUCGACUGUGUCUACGGCAUCGAGCUGUUCAAAGAUGAGCGCGUGUCCAACCUGCAGGUGCUCACUGAGAAGAUUGUGAACAACAAGAUUAAGGUACCUCAUGACCCAGAGGAGCUGGUGGGGAAAGCGGUGGAGCAUCUGUUUGAGAAAGAGGAUGGAGAAAAGAACGAGUGGAGAGGGAUGGUGCUGUCUCGCGCCCCCAUCAUGACUAACUGGUAUUACAUCACUUAUGAGAAGGACCCAGUGCUGUACAUGUACCAGCUUUGGGACGACUACAAGGAAGGCGACCUCCGCAUUUUACCUGAAGCAGAGAACAAGCACCUGCUGCCUGCUGACAGGAAGCCUGGCGAGGAGACAGAGAGCCUUGUGGGUAAGCAGGUUGAAUACGUUACUGACAAAGGAGUGAAGAGAACCGGGCUGGUCAUCUACCAAGUCCCUGCCAAGCCCUCUGUCUACUACAUCAAAUAUGACGACGAUUUCCACAUUCACGUCUACGACCUGGUCAAGACCACCUAAACUAACAAGAAAGCGGCAUACGAAGACAAAACUCACCAUCACCUCUCCAUAGAGUAAUGUCGUCAGCUCUCAUUGUACUCUCUCUCUCUCUCGCUCUCUCUCUCCACUGUGUGUUGCUGUGGAGGGGUGGAAUGGCACAGAUGUUUGUGGUUUUGUUCAUUCGCGUGUGUCAUAUUCGUGGACGUCACAUCAUCGACGCAAGAUUAGAGAACGAAGCUGAAAGCCUCAAUUAGGGAUAUACAUUUUUUUUUUGUGCUGAGCAUGUUAACUGAGUGAUAAUUGUCUUCUAGUGGGUGUGGUGGUGAAAAGGCAGUCAGUUACAACAUUCCUGAUUGGGGCUUUAACAGUUUAAAAUGGGGAAGCAGGUGUAUCUAGAGAUACACAGUCUAUUUAUUGACAUUUAAUUAUGUUACUACAUUUUCGUGAUAGUCAUGGGCCAUUUAAAGACAACGACAUUUUUUUGACAAGGUAAGACCGGAUAGUGAUGGAGAAUAUUUACAGAAUUAAUCUUUUGUAAAAAAAAAAAAUAAUAAGGCGACUAUUUAUUUUUGCUUCCUGUUAUUCUUGCAAAAGUUUUCCAUUCAUUAACUACUGUGAGUGUACCUUUUUUUCAAUCGAAUCGAAUUUUGUUAUCUUCCCCUAAAAAUGAGCCUGAAUCCAAGAUGGCUGCACUUCCCGUAAAAGCUUUUCAGAGCAGAAAACCUACCAUCUGGGCACAUUGUUUGGAGAAAUAGUUAAAA